CUCGCUCGCUGGCGGCCGCGCUUCGGGAAAUCAAGUACGGUUUUCCUCGCGACAGCACGCGCCCGCUGCUAUACUGUUUGUGUUGUGAGUGUUGUGUAUAUUACGUACAUUAUAGUUCAUUGUAUUAUAUGAGGUCCAUCAAUCAAGCUGGUAGUGGACAAUUGUGAGACGUCCGAAGCACUCAAGAUGUCCGACUAGAGAAUUCACUACAAUGAAUGCGGAGUGAAAAUUGAUAUAACAUAUAUAUAAAACAUAUUACAAAUGAACGAUCUAAAUUAUAACGCGGGGAUGAGUUCCUAUCAAUUCGUCAAUUCCCUGGCCUCGUGCUAUGGGAAUCAGGUCCCGGGACGGACUGGGACACCCGUGGAUCAGAGCGGUCACCCGGGCCUGCCGACACCCGGGACGGAUUACUACAAUCCGAACGCGGCAGCGUCCUAUCCGAACACGUGUUAUUCACCUCCACAAGUCAGCCAUCAUUAUCCCCAACACCCAUACGCCACACCGGCCGCUGGUGCACACAUGCAGCCACAAGCCAUGAUAGAUUACACACAACUCCAUCCCCAAAGACUCGCGAGCAGCGCGACUCACAUCCACCAACACACGAACCCCAGCCCUGGUGCGUUAUCACCGAACCUAAUGACACCAACGAGUCAGACGGCUAGUGCUUGUAAAUUUGCCGAUUCAACUUCGACGACGGGAGUGGCUUCCCCACAGGAUCUAUCAACUUCGUCAGGCCCUGGGAGGACUUCACCUGGUUUUAAUGUUAAUCCAGCCGGGACGAGUACCAAAUUAGGCUUGACGACACCAAUAGCGUCUCCAGUGGAACACAAGGCUAAUAUCAACCAGAAUAUAUCGAGCCCAGCUUCAAGCACCUCGAGCAAUGAGAGUGCCGAAGCUAACAACACCAGUACAAAGAACACCAAAUCAUCAGCCAGCGCUCAAGCGAAUCCACCGCAGAUAUAUCCAUGGAUGAAACGAGUGCAUCUAGGACAGAGUACAGUGAACGCUAACGGCGAGACGAAACGUCAGAGAACUUCCUACACCCGGUACCAGACCCUGGAACUGGAGAAGGAGUUCCACUUCAACCGCUACCUGACGAGGAGGAGACGCAUAGAGAUCGCACACGCGCUCUGCCUCACCGAGAGACAGAUCAAGAUAUGGUUCCAGAAUCGACGUAUGAAGUGGAAGAAGGAGCACAAAAUGGCGUCCAUGAACAUAGUCCCCUACCACAUGAACCCGUACGGACACCCCUACCAGUUCGACCUCCACCCGAGCCAAUUCGCGCAUCUAUCAGCAUAGGAUCAGUGGAAUUUUUCGAAUAGCGGAUAACUGAUUUAUUAAAGUCAACCGUUACACGGAGUUAGUUGUAUCGCGACAUUUAAAUUAAAUUAAUAUAUAAAUUCAAAUUAAACGUUGUAAUACAACAACUGGACUGGAUCAGUUAUUCGCUGUUCGGAAAAUUGUGAUACGUUCUAAAUUGUGACAGUGACAUUUGAGUUAAGUGACAUUGAGGUUGAGGUUGAGGUGGAAACGACAUCGGUUAUAAAGUUAUUAAUAUAAUGUUAAUUUAACAAACAGCUGUUUUGACUUGAAUCUAGCUGUUUUAGAAUGAAUUUUGGCUAGUCAUAAGCUAUAUGAUUUUGCUUGUAAUACCUGCAUUGAAGUUAACGAAACGAUUAAGAUAAAAAUAAAAUUAAUAAAAAAAUUUAAACAAAUUAAUUGUUAGUGUACAUUGUGAUGGCUACGUAGAUUGUAAGAUAGGUUUCAAUUAUAAUAAUGUUAUAACGGACGUCAUUUGGAUACACGCAGCAAAUUCGGAAUUUUACAGGGAUGAGAUAUUAUUUGGCGGAAACAUUAUAUAAUAUAUAAUAUAUAUAUAUUAAUUUGAAUAUAGAUGGCUUUUUGGAACUCUGUGAAAGACACACGAUCCUUUAAUGUGUCUUUAUAUAGUGAAUGUAAAUAUUUUUAGGUGAUUUUUUUUUUUCGUAUUUUUUUUUUUUUUGAAAUAAUUCGAACUAACCGUUCUUCAUUCGUUCCUCUAUUAGAUUUAACUUUAAUAUCAAAUAGCUGUAAUUCACCGAUACCAAUAUAACAUAAAAAAUGUAACUUCUGAAUACUUUUAACGUAUCUUAAUAUAAAUGUACUUAAUGUAAUUAGUAUGUAUGUUAUUAAUAAUUUUCAUAUCUUCCCACGUUACCUCUUCAUUUUCUUCCAUUUGGACUAUUAUUAUUAUUAUUUUGUUUGUUUUGUUUUGGUAAUAUAUUUUCCAACUGUCGUAGUCAGCUGUGAUAUUUUGUUAAAUUUUGUAUACUUAAUUAAGAGCGACUCUUUUUUUUGAUUUCAAAUAAUAUUUUUUUCGUAUUCAGUCGAUUUAUUGAAAAAUACGGUUCUUAAAUUAUUUACCUCUACGCUGGCUGAUAUACUUAUAUAUAUGUAAAAAAAAAUCUACGGCUUUGUAUUUCUAUUGAGAAACGUUUGUUCUAAGUUAAUUCUUGUUGCUUAAUUUAUUGUUUGUAAAUACUAGAUGUAUCGUAGUACGAUUGGUGAGUAACGAAAAAUUAAAAAAAAUUAAUUACAAAAAUCCUUAGAAUAUUUUCUACUUGUAAUUGUAAAAUAAUCGUGCAAUAGGAAGUGGCCUAUUUCUUAAAAUAUCUGUAAUUUAAAUAUAUUUUUUUUCUUUUUCCUCUUUUCUGUAUGAUAUUGUUUUUUUUUUUAUUAUUAUUUUCGUGUUAAUUCUUUGUAAUUAUUAAAUAUAAAUAUGUUUAAUGUUCAUUCCAGUUGAAUCGAGAGUUAGUGAAGUAUGCUACAUGAUCACUUAAAUUAUUGUAUUGUAUGAAUAAAAUGUAUUGAAUAAUGAAAAAUUGGUGAAGAAGAUAAAAUAAAUUAUAAACAUA